UGCUUCAAGAGUUGCUAAAAUAAUAUCAAAUUCAGUGAUUAAAUUGUAUCCAUUAUGUAUCCAAACCCACAUGAACAAUCACAACCACUGUUAUUGAAAGAGCGAGAAGAUGAAAAGCCACGAGAAACAGCGUACGAAUCGUCAGAAAAGAUAGUGGUGGUUGGAAUCGACGAGUUAGAAAAUGGUGGCACUGAAGUGCCACCAUUUUCAUUGAAGAAGCUGUGGCUAUUCACAGGUCCUGGAUUUUUAAUGAGUAUAGGUUUUUUGGAUCCAGGGAACAUAGAAGGAGACCUUCAAGCUGGUGCCAUUGCUGGGUAUUCUUUGUUGUGGCUUCUUAUGUGGGCUACUGCAAUGGGGCUUUUGAUUCAGCUUUUGUCGGCGAGGCUUGGUGUGGCUACAGGGAAGCAUUUGGCUGAGCUUUGCAGGGAGGAGUAUCCUAGGUGGGCUAGGAAUCUGCUUUGGGUUAUGGCUGAGUUUGCUCUGAUUGGUUCUGAUAUACAAGAGGUUAUUGGUAGUGCUAUUGCUAUUAGGAUUCUUAGUAAUGGGGUUAUUCCUCUUUGGGGUGGUGUUGUUAUUACUGCUCUUGAUUGUUUUAUUCUUCUGUUUCUUGAGAACUAUGGUGUGAGAUCAUUGGAAGCUUUUUUUGCUGUUCUCAUUGGCAUAAUGGCACUAGCUUUCGCUUGGAUGUUUGGCGAGGCAAAGCCAAGUGGCGAGGAACUUUUAGUUGGCAUUUUGGUUCCAAAAAUAAGCUCCAGAACCAUACAACAAGCUGUUGGAGUUGUAGGCUGUCUUAUAAUGCCUCACAAUGUAUUCUUGCAUUCUGCCCUUGUUCAAUCGCGUAAAGUUGAUCGCACCAACAAAGGUCGAGUUCAAGAAGCACUUAACUAUUACUCUAUAGAGUCUACACUUGCCUUGAUUGUCUCCUUUGGCAUUAACAUACUCGUAACCUCCGUGUUUGCGAAAGGGUUUUAUGGUUCUGAAAUGGCAAAUAAUAUCGGCCUUGAAAACGCGGGACAGUAUCUUCAACAGACUUAUGGAGGCGGAGUUCUUCCGAUAUUGUAUAUAUGGGGUAUCGGGUUAUUAGCAGCCGGUCAAAGUAGUACCAUAACUGGUACUUACGCCGGACAAUUUAUCAUGGGAGGUUUUCUUAACUUAAGGAUGAAGAAAUGGAUGAGGGCGCUGAUCACUCGAAGUUCUGCAAUAGUUCCAACCAUGAUAGUUGCUCUUUGGUUUGAUACUAGAGAGGAUUCACUAGAUGUUCUGAAUGAGUGGCUUAAUGUACUUCAGUCAGUUCAAAUUCCAUUUGCACUUAUUCCUUUGUUGUGUUUGGUGUCAAAGGAGCAGAUCAUGGGCACUUUCAAAAUCGGCACUGUCCUCAAGGUGAUUUCUUGGUGUGUGGCUGCUCUUGUGACAGUGAUUAACGGCUAUCUGUUGCUGGAAUUCUUCUCAUCUGAAGUGAAUGGAAUGAUAGUUGGUGCUAUAGUGUGUGUAGUAACUGCUGCAUAUGUUGCAUUCAUCGUAUAUCUUAUUUUGCGUGCAACUACAUUCUCCGCUAUUCUCGGUUUGACAAAGGCUAACUCGGCCACGGCCAAAGGUGAUGCUUCAACUUGGAUAGUUGAGUGAGUAAUGUAUAGAAUUGCAGAAUAGGAAGAGUAUUACUCUACUACCAGUGGCUUUCAUGAUGCAAUGGCCAAGGGUUGUCUUAGUGUUUGUUUGCCAUGUAAAUUAUAUAAAAUAAUUUAGAGUAGGUUUUUGUGUUGUAUGACUUUCAAAUUUCUUGUUUUGAAUGCGUUGGAAAUAGAUGUAGUGCUUAAACUUUUUCUGUGAUAUCUUUAGGCUACUCUACAUUCUAGCUAGAAGUUCCAUGUGUCUUUCUCAAAUACUUUCCAGUAAUUUUGAUUGGGCAAAAAUAGGAUAGAUGGAGAAGAGAGGAAGGAGAAACUUCUUAAUUUUGAAGUGCUAUUUCAAAG